AUGGCUUGGGGAACCCCACACCUGUUCUUGCCCCCUGUCUUACUGGUGCUCCUGGCCUCAGGUUCUUGGGGAAAAGCUGAGCCUGAAUUGCUUUAUGGCGAGGUCGGAAAGGUACUUUCUGUGCAGUGCACAUACCCUCCCACCCAAGGGCCCUACAUACCUAAGUCCUGGUGUCUGCAAACAUCACCCGGUUGGUGUAAUCGAAUGGUGACCAGCUCUAAGCCCCGGACCUCCGCUCAGGACUCGCGACAUGUGAUCUGGGACGCACCGGACAUCGGCCUCUGCAUCAUACUUACAAUUCAGCUGAAGGAAGACGACUCGGGGAUCUACUGGUGUGGAAGCUAUAAUGCUUCUUCAAAACAAAUCGCUAUUUUCAGAAAAAUCAACCUGGUGGUAUCUCCAGCCACCACCACGUCUCCCAUGUGGACCUCUACUUGGUUCCUACCAACUACUGGUUCUUCCCAUGGCACCCCAUAG